AUGAAUUGGUCGAACGAUUACUACAACUCUAAUUUCUCCCUGCCGUUUAUGGACCUGAACGGAUCCUAUUUCAUCAGUGAGUUCGAGGAUACUCUGUUCGAAUACCACAAACCCGAGAAGAUCGCUCUACUAUGUAUCUAUAUCCCCGUGUUCUUUCUGGCUCUGAUAGGGAACACGCUUGUUUUGGUCAUGGUGUGCAUUAACAAGAGAUUCAGAAGGAACAUAGCAAAUUUCUUCCUCGUCAACCUAGCUAUCGCUGACUUGCUUGUGACGUUGUUCUGUAUCCCACUGACGACAGCACAACAUGUAUACAGUCCGUGGAUUUAUGGUGAAUUUCUAUGCAAAGCUAUUGGAUUUAUGCAAGGUAUGUAUGUGGAAGCCAGUGUCCUAACCAUUGUUUGCAUGAGUGUGGAACGAUACCUGGCAAUCAGACACCCCAUGCGCAUGCGCACACUCUGUGAUCCUCGUCGCGUGAAACAAGUAAUACUACUCACGUGGGUUGUUGCCAUCAUUACUAUGUGUCCUCUUGCCAUGUACAAAAAAUUGGAAAAACACAAUCUCCCAUUUAUAGAAGUAUCGUAUUGCGUAGAAGAUUGGCCAUCGCAGCGAGCCAAAUAUGGAUAUGAAUUGUUUCUCUUCUUCAUUGUGUACAUAAUUCCAGGUUUCCUUGUGGUUGGAUUAUACACUGUGAUUGGUUGUAGCCUAUGGAAACAGGAUAACACAUUACAACGCGCAAACUCAAUGGUAAAUAAUGAGGCGAGAAUCAUGGGAGGUCGACGUAAACUUGCCCGGAUGAUGAUUGUUAUUUCGAUUCUGUUUGCUGUGUGCUGGCUGCCUUAUUUUAUUAUCAAUUUGUGUAUUCUUUUUUCACUUGACCGUUCCAUUCCCAUGAGCCUCUAUCCUUACGCCUUGCUUCUUGCAUUUUCUCACAGUGCACAGAAUCCGUUGUUGUAUUUCUUCAUGCAUAGAGGUUUCCAUGACUUUGUAUGGCGGCUGAUUCGCUGUCAGUGCCAACAGCUUCGAAACAGCCGACAGGUGUCCGUUUGUUCCUAUCAGUCAUCAGAAAAGACUAUGAUGACAGCUAUUUCUAACGGCAACAAAUAUUCAUACAGAGGAACAGCACGUGGGAAGCAUGUCUGA